AACCGUCAGCCACAGCAUGAAUUAAAAUUUGAUUAAAAGAAGCUAUGCCCCAAGGUGCCAUGCUGUAUUCAACCUAUGGGGGCAGCACAACUUCUGCGCGUCCCGUAGUGGAAGCCUUGCGUCGUCACAUCCUUCCAAGUCGUUUCUAUGGUAAUCAGAGAUGGCGUCCGUUAUCGUCCACAUCACUGCAAGUCCUCCUCUACCUCAACUGUUGGUACUUUGCAGCAUACUUCCUGGCAGAGUCUCUCAUGUUUGUCUACAAAGGGCUCUUACUGCCGUAUCCAUCAGAUAAUUUGAUUCUGGACGUCGUUCUGCAUCUCCUGUUUCUCUGCCUAGAGAGCCUCAGGAUCUUCUAUGGUUGGAAGGGGAAUCUGUGCGAGCGAUCCUUGGCCACCAGUGUGUCUCUGCUGCUCCUCCUACCCUGUCUGGCCCUCGCAGUCUACUUCCUCCUCCUCCAGACCUUCGUCCUGCGCUUGGAGUUCAUUCUCACCGCCGUUCUCCUCUGCUUCUACGGCCUAGAGUUCCUUCUCGGCCUGGUCACCGUGUCUCUCUUCUCCAGGUCUAAAAUGUACUGAAACCACAUCGAACACAAAGAAGGGAUUCUCCUGGAUUCCUAGAAUGAGCCCUUCUUUUCAACGCAGAUGUACAGAAAUCGACCUUGAUUUUGUGUAAUAAAAGAUUAUUUUUGUAUUGGUAUGUAAAUAUCUGAUCAAUAGGCCUAUGUAUGAAUAAUGUAUAUGUUUUUACUUUUUCAAGGUUGGAAAUAAACGUAAAAUCUAAAUA